UCUCCCUCUACUGCAUCGACAAAAUGCCUCCAAUGUCCUUUCAACUGCUUGCCCGCAAUUUCGAUCCCAUGCAGGCCUCCAUCGAGCUGUCUGAUCAGUGGAAGAACCCCAGUGACGUGUUCUCGGUGCUGCUGAUUCUUGGCGGGGAUAUUGUCGCCAGAGCACUCGCCCAAGUCUCCGGGUCGCGGCUUACGCCGGUGGCAUUUUCUUUUGGAUGGGUCGCAUAUGCAGUCACAGCAGUGGUUUCCGCGGUGGGAGAAAACAAACUCAUGCCUCCCCCGGACUGUCCCUGCAAGGUCAUCAAUACGAAGAGUGGUUAUUUACGAGACAAUACCAGCUGGAUUAUCAGCCGCAUUGUGCGAGACUAUGAGUACUGGAUGGACGGCGGUAAACCAAGCGGACCUAUUCGUAAACAUCUAGAAAAGAUGAUCGACGACCGUUGGACGCAUGAUAAACUCAAAAGUCCGGGACUCCUUCGGCCAACACAGGCUGGUCUUUGUGUGUCGGUCUACACAGCUGAAAAGGCGAACCCCGGGUAUCCUGGUUACGAUCAUAUUUAUUUUGCAGGGAUGUUCACAGCUGUCAUGCAGUUGGGGCUUGCGGCCAUUCCAUGCGGCAUAUUUGGCGACUGGGGCAUCAUCACAGUUACCGCUGCAGGAAUUAUACUUUCCAUGAUCACCGGCGGGCUCGGUCAGUGGCAACGCGAGAAAUGGGCUUGUCGUCAGGGCUCGAAAAAGACAGUCAUCCUGACCAAGGGAAAUGGCAGUCAACAUGCGAUUAUGAUUAUCGGAAACGGUGAAGGGCUUGAUCUAGAGGAUCUAGCUACGGGCCAAUCCAGCAUCAAUGUCUCAACGUCAAUUUUCACUAGAGUCAUGGUCAUUGCGCUGGCACUAUUUUGGAUAUUGCUUCUCAUCACGGCGGCAGCCUUGACUCGGAACACCUGGUUCCUCCUCGCCAUUGGCGGGAUUGGAAUGCUCCAGAAUAUUUUGACGGCUGGAGCUCGGCGAACCCCAGAAGACUAUGGGGUAUCAUUAAAGUAUAAAGAGGUUAUUGGCCAUCCGAAAGUUAUGGAAACUCUUUUUCAGGUGGAAAGAAAAUAUCCGCGCGUGGGGAGGAGCAUGCGGGAUACUUUCUUCCCGGGGCAAUUGCUUUCUGAAGAAAGGGAUGAAUGGAAUGAACUGGCUAAGAAGGCCGACGCCUUGGACAAUGCCAGCAAGAAGAAGCCCACAGAGGAGCGCGGUGAAGAUAAACAUAAGGGCGACAGUAGCAAUCUAGCUACCAGGGCCUUCAUUCCCAAUCAAUAUUCGGAAAGAUAAGAUGGGGUCAGUUGGACUAUUUGAAAUUGGAUGAAUGGCCAUAUUUUGAUCAACAUAUUUCCGUCAAAAGUGUAAGUUAUAUUGCAGUGUCUUUGUUAUUUAUCGGCCUGAUGGCCGUUUUGGUGGAAUGGACUAAAUAGCAUGCAAUCCC